AUGGAAAUGAUGAAUAUCUGUGUGUGCGACCAGAGUUUUGGGAUCCACGUCGCUGAGCUGGCCUGCUUCCCCCCGUCGGUGAUGGCCGUGGCGAGGGAGAAGGCGGAGGAGCUGGAGGAGUUCCAGGAACCUGUGGGGGACGAUUCGAAGCGGGACGAAGAGCCCGAGGUCAAGAGACGGUGGACAGAUAAGCAAGUGGGAGAAAAGGUGAUCCAGGACUUCCUGGAGAAGGUGAAGGCACUUCCUGUCGUCACCAUGACUGAGGAGGAGGUGAAGGCAGAGCUCAGGAGAAUAAAGCAGGACUUGGUGGCCAAAAAUAACACGUACAUCAGUGAGAUACUUGCCCGCUGUGCUCCUGUAAAAACUGCCUGACUUUUACAUUUUUUUCUCUAAAUGCUCAUGUUCACCUAAAGCUCAUGUAGGAAUAGAGUUGAGAUUAGAGUGCCUAUAAUCUAUAAGUUUUUCAAUAAAGAAUUUCUCUUAAUUUGCUUUCCACCAA